CAAAUGAGCAAAGUCAAAAUCUGAAAUCAUAAUAUUUUGAUCAUACAUUUCUACGCAUUUUUUAUUUUCUAUAAGCUUUAAAAUGUUAAUUUUAAGUGUAAUAGUCAGUAGUUUAGUUCUUGUAGCUGCUGAAGAGUACACGAGUGCGCAAUACUGUGAUAAAACAACAAAAUCUUGCGGGAACAAUGAUGAAGUAUCCUAUGGUAAAAAACACAUAUUCUACGAUGUUAAUCCUCCUGAAGGCUUCAAUUUACGAAGAGACGUGUAUAUGAGGUUCGCUAUAAUGUUAGCUGAGGCUCAGAAACAAGGUAAAGACAACUGGGAGCUAGUUCUACCUCCUUGGUAUAACCUCUAUCAUUGGAGGUCGGGACGCCGCCAACCAACACCUUGGAACAAAUAUUUCGAUAUAAAAUCAUUAAAAUCGUACUCUCCAGUUGUCGAAAUGCAUGAAAUAUUCUCAAAAACUAAGAAAAAGGAAUUAGAAAUCGAUGUUUUGUACAUAUUGGAGAAUUAUGAGAAUCCAUUUGAAAACGGAGUUUUUAAUGAAAAAUGGCACGUCAAAGGCGAAUGUGAAUACGAUGGCUUGUACUGGGGGUACAACAAUAUCACAGCCAAAGAGGUUCUAUGUGUUCAAUUCCAAGGGAAAGUGUCACAACUAUGGGAAUUAAUAGCUUUACAUCCACACGCAAGUAAAAUAAUGUUUACACAUGGCGAAAUACCUUUACACGACACCUAUGGCACAAAAUCUUACUGGGAUUGCCGUAAAAGCAUGAAAUUUAAUAAAAACCUCAUUCAUAUAGCCAAAGAUUACAUUGCAGAAUAUUUAAAGUGUAAAACGGAGAGAUGUGCUACAUACCUCAGUGUUCAUUGGCGAAGACAGGACUUUGCUCGCAGCCGAGGUAAUCAAGUACCGUCAAUAGCUGGUACCGCUAAACAGAUACGUAAAGCGUUUAAGAAAUUACCCGAUAUGAAUAAAGUUUUCAUAGCAACAGAUGCAUCAAUGUCCGAAAUAAAUAAGUUGGAAAAGGCUUUAACUGACUACGGUUACGAGACCCACUUUUUCUUACCAAGUCCCUCGAUAAUUGAGGAGUACGGAGAUGGUGGGAUAGCUAUAAUAGAUCAGAUCAUCUCAUCUCAUGCUGCGUACUUCAUCGGAACCCAUGAAAGUACGUUUACGUACAGAAUUCAGGAGGAACGGGAAAUUUUGGGUUUCGAAAGCAGCACUACGUUUAACAGAUUAUGCCCUGAUACUGGACAUUGUGAGAAAUCUACAAAUUGGUUGAUAGUCGACUAAAAAAUUUAAAAAAAUUAUGUUGUACUUCCUCUCUUAGAUUGAUAAGCUAUAACGAAUCUUAUUUGCCGUGUUUUAAAGACUACUUUUGUUUGAAUAAAUUAUGAUAAUUAAUUUUGUCUAGGAGGUAUGAUAACAAUACAAAAUAUGAACUUAUAUUAAGUUUAAUAUGUUGAUAUAUUAUACUGAAAAUCCCCAAAGUUUGCCCAUACAAGAGUAGUCUCUAAAGAUUGAAAAUAAGGUCUAUAAUGGAUUUUGUGGAGAGCUGACACCGCUGACCAUGUGGGUAUUGAUUAGUUAAGCUAAAGUCAACUUUAACUGUCAAAUGAUAGAGUGUAUAUUUGAUAAUAAUAGUAGUAUUUGUAUGCAACUUCCUAAAAUGAGAGGAUUAAAGCUAACAAAAGAUUUCAAUAAAAACAGUGUUUAAACUGUCAAACACCAAGCGGUCACCGGUGACCGCAACCUAUUGUUCUAUAA